UAAAAUCCGGCUCCCGUCGUUCACUUAAAAGAGUCGAAUCUUUGAACCGGCUCGUUCACGAAUGACACAUCACCAGUGUCGGUCAAAGUUUAGUGUAACCGGUUGUGACAGCUUCAGAGCGGGUCAAACCUUCACAUUUCUCUCCACAAUGGCAGCAAGAAACAUCUCCCAGUUCUGGGAAUGGGGCAGGAAGAUCAUCUGCGUCGGGAGAAAUUACGCAGACCACGCCAAAGAGCUGAAAAAUGCGAUUCCCACAGAGCCCGUCCUGUUCCUGAAGCCCCCUUCUGCAUAUGUGAGAGAGGGCUCCUCCAUCCUGGUGCCCCUCUACUCCACCAACCUGCACCAUGAGGUGGAGUUGGGGGUGGUGAUCGGGAAAGGGGGCACGGCCAUCCCCCAGUCUUGCGCCAUGGAGCAUGUUGCAGGUUACGCGCUCUGCUUGGACAUGACGGCCCGGGACGUGCAGGACGAGUGCAAGUCCAAGGGUCUGCCCUGGACCCUGGCCAAGGCCUUCAACACCUCCUGCCCCGUCAGCGACUUCAUCCCCAAGGAGCGCAUCCCGGACCCGGGGCAGGUGAAGCUGUGGCUGAAGGUGAACGACCAGCUGCGGCAGGACGGCUGCACCUCCCAGAUGAUCUUCUCCGUCCCGUAUCUGAUCAGCUACAUCAGCGAGUUCAUCACCCUGGAGGAGGGGGACCUCAUCCUCACCGGGACCCCGAAAGGAGUCUCCGCCGUGCAGGAGCAUGACGAGCUGCAGGCUGGGAUCCAGGACGUGGUCACCAUGAAGUUCAGAGUGGACAGACAGGAGCACUAGUGAAGAAAUACCAAAUAGAAAUAGAAAUACUAUAAUAAGACCAAGGAUGUACAGGUACAUGUAAAAAAAAAUUAGAAUAUUGUGGAAAAAGUUCAAUAUUUGUUGUGGAUUAUUUCAGAAAGUGAAACUCAUACAUUAUAUACACUCUAAAACAGGGGUCUCAAACUCAAAUUACCUGGGGGCAGCUGGAGGCAGUAUCAAAAUGAUCAAAACAAGACACAAAAUGACAAAAAAAAAACCAAAAUAACCAAAAAAGACACAAAAUGACUGAAAAAAGACACAAAAUUACUGAAAAAAGACAAAAUUACUAAGAAAAAAAGACACAGACUUGCCAAAAAGACACAAAAUUAUUAUUUUUUAAAAUACAAAAUUAACAACAAAAAAAAACACAAAAUCACACCAAAAAAAAGUAAUUAAAGGGACCUUCCACACACAACACGGUAAAGUGCCAUUCAUAUAAAACUCACAUUAAACUUUCAUAUCAAGGUGGGGGCCACAAAAUAUCGUCACGAGGGCCGCAAUUGGCCCGCGGGCCGCGAGUUUGAGACCCAUGCUCUAAAAUAUGAGAAGUUGAGCUUACUUAAAAGAAUUUAGGAAACCAAUUGCACUAAAAAAUGGUAAGUAAACAUAACUGAUAGUCUUAAGUUAGGUUUACUUGAUAUGUACUUGUUAAAUUUACUUUAAAUCUAAGUGCAUUUACUUCAUUUUUUAAAGUUAAUAAACUUAAAAACAGCAAGUAUUAUAAACUUGAUCUUUCUAAUUGUUACCAACUUAAGUUAGCCAAGUUAAUCUGACUUAACUGAACAGUUGUGUUUUCUUAUUUUUGUUAAGUUAUUAAACUUAAAAAUAGCAAGUAUAAUGAACUUUAGUUUUAUAAACUAUUUUAUUAACUAUAAUAACCUUGUUUCAAGCCUGUUUUUCUUGUAAUUUUGAUGAUUCUGGCUUUGAGAGAAUGAAAACACAAAACUCAGUGUCUCAGAAAAUUAGAAUAUUACAUAAGAUCAAUAAAAAAAGGAUAUUUUAAACACAAAUGUCAUGCUUCUAAAAAAAAGUGUGUUAAUUUCUAUAUGCUUAUGGCUGGGAGAUAUGGAACAAAAGUCAUAUCCAGAUAUAUUUAGGCUAAAUAUCUAUAUACAAUAUAUAUCCUGAUGUUUUAGCGCAAAGUGAGAGCAAAUGUUCAGUCAAAGUCAAAUAUCACAAGUAGUUUUAUUGAAACCUUUUAUUUAAGUGUAAAUACUGUAUAACAUUUUUUUUUUUAAA